AUGCUCGUGGCUGCCAUCUCUUUUGGGGCAACAGUGGCUGCCCUCCGGCCUCUGGUGAAGCCCAAGAUGGUCAAAAAGAGGACCAAGAAGUUCAUCAGGCACCAGACAGACCAAAAUGUCAAAGUUAAGCGAAACUGGAAGAAACCCAGAGGUAUCGACAACAGAGUUCGGAGAAGAGUCAAAGUCCAGAUUGUCAUGCCCAACAUCGGUUACGGGAGCAACGAGAAAACCAAGCCCAGCGGCUUCCGGAAGUUUCUGGUCCACAGUGCCAAGGAGCUGGAAGCGCUGCUGAUGGACAACAAAUGUUACUGUGCUGAGAUUGUGCACGGUGCUUCCUCCAAGACCCCAAAAGCCAUCAUAGAAAGAACAGCACAGCCGGCCAUCAGGGUCACCAAUCCCAAAGCCAGGCUGCGCAGCAAAGAAAAUGAGUAG